AGCUGAGCUCAGCUUCCUGACUUUUCUUUUUUCUUCAGGCUGCGAGAAUCAGUGGGAAGAGAGGAAGUCUGUGAAAGAGAGAGCGAGAGAGUGGAGGAGGGAGCGAACAAGAGUGAGGGAGUCUGAGUGAGUUUAUGUUUGAGUGAGAGACUGCAGAGAGAGAGAGCAAGAGAGAGAGAGUUCAUGGAAUGCUGUGAUGUCACCAGCUUAGUCAUACACAAAGGCAAGAAAGACAGAAGCACAUUCACUCUUCCAGUCUGAAGACUGCUCUGGAGUAGCUGCACCUCUCUGCUCUACAGCUGAUGGCGGAUGUACUGUGACAUCUGCGUGGGAGUGUGUGUGUGAGUGUGUGUGUGUGUGUGUGUGAGUGUUCCUGUGUGUGUAUGUGUUAAUGUGGUGUGGUCACACAAACGCUUCAACAGGCACGCACACUGCAGUGAGUGUGUGCAGGUGAUAGUUUGUAUGCAUGUGUGAUUGAGUGUGUGUAUGUGUGUGCGUGCACUUUGGUCCCCAUGUGUGUAUGCGUGCAUGUGUAGUCAGAAACACAUCCAUCGUCUCUACCACCAUCUUCAACUAUCAUCUCAUCGCUCCACUGGACGUAUCGUCUGGACGUCUCUCUUGGACAUCUCUCCUGGACGUUUCCCCUGCGUCCCCUUUAAACACUCUAACCCUCUGAGACGCCCUCUCAGUCCGUUGCUAGCGCCACCAUGCUGCAGCAGAUCCUGAAGGACAUGUACAUCGAGCCGGAGCUGCUGGAGGCUCUGAGCGAGGAGCAGAAGAAGACGCUCUUCACGAAGAUGAGGCAGGAGCAGGUGCGCCGCUGGAACGAGCGCGAGGAGAAGAUGGAGGGCGAGGAGGCGCACCGGCCCAAAGCCAAGACAGGCCAGAGUAAAAGCGUGAGCUGGCUCCUUGGCCGGGAUGGGGACGUGCAGGUGUUUGUGAUUGGUGAGGUGGAUGAGCUCAAGUCCAAGCUGAUUUACACUGGGCUGGGGGAGCGGAACACGUCAAGUCUGUGCAACAACUCACGGCCUUGCAGUACUCAGGCUGCCACGUUUAAGAGCAACUUGAUCAACAGAACAUCUCCGGACUCUGUGCGAUCAGGGAGAGAGAAUCAUCCACCCAAAACACAAGCUGGAAUACAGUUAAAUCUGAAGGACAACACAGAUGAAAUGAAGCCAUCCCCCCCUCUACAGGUCCCUCUUCAAGCGCAGGAGUCACAGGAGGACACCGAGUCCGCCCCAGCGGACGCCCCAGCGGACGCCCUGGUCUCCCCGGUGUCUCCGCCCCCCGCCUACCGGCCACACCUGCGCCCCGGCUCCACCAGGCCGCUCCUCACCGCCGCCUCCUUGCUGAAGGGCCUGGAUAGGAGCGGUGGCAGCAUCAGGAGCAGCGUUGGGAUGGGCAGCAGUGGCAGCGCUAGUGCCCUCCUCAGUGGCACAGGCAGCAGUGGCAGCAGCAGUAAUAGUAGUGCCCCCCUGGUUAACACAGGCAGCGGGAGCGGCAGCAGCAGCAGCAGCCCCCUGGGUGGUCCAGGGAGCAGGAUGCCCCCAGCUGAGACGCAGGAGCCCCAAAGCAGCAGAGGUAAAGACUUCCGGGUGGUGACAUCUAAGCGUGCUUUGUCUGUUGACGAGGUGGGUGCAUCAGCGUCUGUGGUGGCACCGGCGGCGGUACCAGCGGCAGUGCCAGUGGCAGUUCCAGUGGUGGCACCGGCGGCUGUAACGGCCGCGGACGUGUGUGUGGGUCGGGGUCGUGUGGCCCAGCUCAUGAAGACCUUUAGCGUCUGUGGGGAGACCACCCCACCAGUACGAUCCUCAAAGCCCCCCAUCCCAUCCAAGCCUAACCACCUACGCAUGCAGCAGUCGGCGUCACUCAGGUAGUCACCCCCAAGAGAUGGAAGUCCAGGAGCAGCCACCUCCAGAACCAACCACCUGUAGGACCAGACUUACCCAGGACCAGAGGCCUCUCUGUGGGCAGGCUGAGUGGACCUGCCGGGGGGAGACUGGAGGUGGUCAGCAACCUUGUUCUCUCAGGAAUCUCUCCAGUCCUCAGACUGUGCAACUUUGGCUCUCAAAGCUGGCAAACGCAAUUAUGUUCUGCUUUUAUUGUUGUUUUUUUGUGAAUACUAAAUAAUUGUUAUUAGCAUUAUUAUAUGUUUUAUUUACAUUUGGUUUGACUAUGCUGGACAUUUUUUCAGCAGGAAUGACGUGCCAAAGAAGUGGGGUUUCAGUAAUGUCACCAUAAUGUUGUUGUUGUUUGUUUUUUUUACUCAUAUAGGCUAGGGAUAUUUGCUGACUGUGUCAUGUCAUAAAACUGCAUGGGUGGAAUCAGUUUGACAAUCGCUUGUUAUCUGGGCUCUCCAUCGGUAUGCUAUUUUUGCCCACGGGUGUGGAUAGUUGAGAGGGAUCGAUGCUCCUGUCCUCUGAGUUCCUCGACGGACGGACCGUGGAGCAGAGGUGGAGCAGAUCAGGUGACAGGGUUCCAGAAACAGCAGCUAUCUGGUCAGAGGGAGGCCAAAAACAGACCCCCACCCAGCUCAUGUUUAGGAACUAAACAGCACCAUCCGUUUGGUUUGUGUGGGCCAUCCACAAAAAGUAGAUCAUGAGGUCAUUUGAAAGCAAAGUAUUUUUAGAAGCUGGCCCACGCUGCUGUUAAGCAGACAUGGCAACGGACUCCUCGAAAAAGUUUCUCACCAGAACUAGAACCAGAGCUAGAAUCAGAACUAGAACCAGAUUGUGUCAUAAAGGAACCAAUGAAUGUGGUCAGUGGUCUCUCCCACAGUGGUUGGUCCACCUGACGUUACCUGUCUGAGGCCAUGGCUAUCAUGUCCACAUGUACAUUACCAGCUUUCUGAAAGCUUUGAUUUUUCACUUGUACUGUUUACUUUUGUACGUAACACGCCCAGUGGCACCUUUUUACAUUUGUACUUGUUCAUUAUCCUUACCAAUUCAGAGGGGAACUCAAAAACAUGACCAUGUUCAGUAUUUGUAUGUUGUAUAAAUGCACUGUUGGUGUCCUUUUUCAUGAAAUUAUAUCUUACUUGAGCACAUCUGA